AUGAUCCAGAUCUGUGAUGAUAAACUCUUCAUAUUUCAGCUGCUGCUCCUCGUGUCAUUCGUGGCAUGUGAGACGAAAGAGAUCUUGACUUUCACUGCACAUGAAGGAGGAACAGUUGAGAUAAACUGUCCAUAUGAGUCUAGAUAUGAAGCACAUGAGAAGUAUCUCUGCAGAGGAGAAUGUCCAAGAAUGAUUAAAGACAAAGUUGUUGAAUCUGGAUCAGCAGCUCGAGGCGAGAGAUUCUCUCUGACUGACAACAAAACAGCCCACAUCUUCACCGUCACCAUCUCUGAUCUGAGAACAGAGGAUCAAGGACAAUACUGGUGUGGAGUAAAGAUAGGGCUGGGGUUAUUGGAUGACUUUACAGAGAUUCAUCUGGAAAUUAAACAUGUGUCCCGAGUGUCUGGUGUGACUGGAAAGCAUCUUUAUAUUCCCUGCCAUUAUAAAAGUGAACUGAAGAACAAUGUCAAAAUCAUCUGCAAAGGAAGCGACCCGUCCCUCUGUGAGACAUCAGCUAUCAGAGUUUCAUCAGAGAUCAAGAGUAAUGGCCGUUUCUCUCUGAGUGAUAAUGAAUCUACUGGAGUCUUUACUGUGACCAUCACUAAUCUGACAGAAGAGGAUUCUGGGAUAUACUGGUGUGGAGCUGCACAGAGAGGACAAGAGCACAAGAACAAGUGGAUUUCAGUGAUAGACCUGAACAUUUCUGCCGGCACAUCAGAGAGUGCGUCACCUAAACCAACAACAACUACAGCUUCGUGUCACACCAGCAAACCAGCGACAGAAGAUACCGCCUCCAGCAGACCCGUCACGUCUUCAUCAUCAUCAUCAUCACCUUCAGUGUUAAUGUUUUGCUCAUCGUCUGCUAAUGCAGUGUCACCAAAACCACAACCAGGUUUAACGCCAGUCAUCAUGCUGUCAGUUAUGGGGAUAUUGAUGGUGUUUGGAUUCUUAGUGUUUAUUUUCUUAAGAUGCAGACGAAAGAAAUAAGGAGUGCGGCUGAGAGACGUCAUUCAUGUCUUGGCUGAUAAUCUGUCUGCUAAAGAAGCCACUCAUACUGUCUGUCAUUAUGAAGAGAUCAUUUGCACAGACAGCUACGGUUUGGGCCUUCCUGUGUUUGAUGAACACAACACCUGUUCCACCAUCAUAUUUCAGACUACAGACCAUCCAGACAGGACUUCAGACGGACAGGAGACAUGCAGCUCUCUAACUGUUAGAAAGACUGUGGCAUUGGACACCAGGCCAUUAACAGUUAAACUCUUACAUAUCUGAGUCUGAUGGACUUCUAAUAAUUGUAUAUCCAUCAUUUGUAGAACAAUAAAGCACACAAGGUACAUUGUGAAGAAUUCAGUUAGUGAAGAAAGCUUCCUAAUGAUAUUGAAAACAUAUUUGUCAAGUUGUUUAUAAAUCUGAUUGUCCACUUAAAAUAAAGAGAUACUAUUAUUUUAUCUUUUUAAAUAUGAUAUAUGGAAUAAUAUUUCUUUGGCUAUGAUGAGUAUUUGAGAUUGACAACCGCAUUUACUUACAGGUUUGAGUUUUAAAACAUCCUGUUGGAAGAAAAAUCUAUUAAAUGCAUAUUAACAAAUCA